AUGAUUGAUUCAUUUCAAAUUCGUGAUUUUAAUAAAUUUCCUUUUUCUUCAAAUGAACAAAAAAUAAUUGAACAUUUUACAAACGAACAGAAUGAUAAAUUCAGUGAUAAUUUAUCUCGAUUACAGAUACCUCAAGAAAUAAAGAAAAAUAUAACAGUAAAUAAUUUACAUAAUGAAAAAGUAAUACUAACGAAUAAUAAUAUGAAAGAGAAAUCUAACAGUAUUGAGCGCGAUACUAUUAUCAAAGAAAUUUCCAUUGAAAGACUAUUACACAAGAUAAGAAAUUUAGAAAAUGAAAAAAAAUUCUUGCUAAGGUUUUUAGAAAAUAAAAAAAAUAUAGAAUUAGAAUAUAAAAAAGCACUAGAAACACAGGCAGCCUAUGUUAAUUCUGAAAAUAAAAAAUCACAAUUUUAUGAAAACGAAUGGUUAAAUAUGAAAUCCUUAGAAUAUUCCCUAAUAAAUUCUGGAAAGGAACCUAUGAGACAAUCUUUAGAAAUGUUCUACGACGAUUCUAACAUAAAUAAACUUGGGGGACUUACAAGAAACCAAGAAAUGUUUAUUAUAAAAUUAAUAGAGGAUCAUAAAAAUUUAAAUAAAGAAAGAAGUAUCAUUUCUAAAAAGUAUAAUGAAGCCGUGGAUGCAAAUUUUCAAUUAUAUCAACAAAAUGAAAUGCUGAAAGCACAAAAUAUAAGUCUCUUAGAAAAAAACAAAGAUUUAGUAAAUGAAGAACUGGAUAAGAAACUAAAGGCCUUGAAUUCAUCGCUUAUAUAUGUUCAAAAGGAAAAUAUUCAAUUACAAGAUGUACUGGAUCAAUAUUCCAAGUUGAUAAAGAACAUUAAGGAUUGCCCUGAUAUGAAGGCUGUUAAUGACGAAUUAAAUAAAUUUACAAACUACCUAUCUAUUUGA